AUGUCUCGGGCCGUUCAUCUUCCAGUCCCCUGUCCUGUUCAACUUGGUUCCUUAAGAAAUGACUCCUUGGAAGCACAGCUUCAUGAGUAUGUCAAACAGGGGAACUAUGUGAAAGUGAAGAAGAUUCUUAAGAAAGGCGUGUAUGUUGAUGCAGUUAACUCCCUGGGCCAGACAGCGCUUUUUAUUGCAGCAUUAUUAGGCCUUACAAAAUUAGUUGAUGUCCUGGUGGAUUAUGGAUCAGAUCCAAAUCACCGCUGCUUUGAUGGGAGCACUCCUAUCCAUGCAGCAGCAUUUUCAGGCAAUCAGUGGAUCCUCAGCAAACUGCUGGAUGCAGGGGGUGAUCUUCGACUCCAUGAUGAGAAGGGUCAGAACCCGCAGACCUGGGCUCUGGCAGCAGAGAAGGAACGCGGCACCGCAAUGGUGGAGUUCAUGCAGCGCUGUGCCGCGCACAUGCAGGCCAUCAUCCAGGGCUUCUCCUAUGACCUCCUGAAGAAGGUUGACUCCCCUCAGCGGCUCAUCUGUGGCCUGCCCCGGUUUGGGGGCCUCAUGCAGGGAAGCCCUAAUGGCUCUCCUAACCGACUGCUUAAAGCUGGAGUCAUUUCUGCCCAAAAUAUCUACAGCUUUGGCUUUGGAAAGUUUUAUCUCACAGGGGGCACGCAGCUGGCUUAUCUAGGAUCUCUUCCGGUAAUUGGAGAAAAGGAAGUGAUUCAAGCUGAUGAUGAGCCCACCUUCUCUUUCUUCAGUGGCCCCUACAUGGUCAUGACCAACCUGCUGUGGAACGGGAGCAGGGUCACAGUGAAGGAGCUGCAUCUUCCCACCCACCCGCACUGCCGCAGGCUGCGGCUGGCUGACUUGUUAAUUGCUGAGCUAGAGCACAGCAGCAAGUUGCGGCACCCUCACCUGCUACAGCUGAUGGCUGUGUGCCUGUCCCAGGGCCUGCAGAAGACCCGCCUCGUGUACGAGCGCGUCACCGUCGGCACGCUGUUCUCUGUCCUCCAUGAACGGCGGGCCCAGUUCCCCAUACUGCACAUGGAGGUGAUCGUGCACCUGCUACUCCAGACCUCCGACGCCCUGAGAUACCUGCAUUCUCGGGGCUUUAUCCACCGUUCCCUCAGCUCCUACGCCAUCCACAUCGUCUCCACAGGGGAAGCGAGGCUGACCAACCUGGAGUACAUGAUGGAAAGCCGGGAUGGAGGUGUACACAAGGACCUGACUCGAGUAUCCCUCCCCACCCAGCUUUACAACUGGGCCGCCCCGGAGGUGAUCUUACAGAAGGCAGCCACAGUGAAGUCAGACAUCUACAGCUUUUCUGUGAUCAUACAGGAGAUUUUAACAGACAGCAUACCCUGGGAUGACUCAGAUGGCUCAGUUAUUAAAGAAACCAUGGUGUUGGGAAAUUAUUUAGAAGCUGAUGUCAGGCUUCCGAAACCUUACUACGACAUUGUUAAGUCAGGCAUCCAGGUCAAGCAGAAAGACCGAACUAUGAACCUUCAAGAUAUCCAGUAUAUUCUGAAAAAUGACUUAAAGGAUUUUAUUGGAGCCCAGAGAACUCAGCCAACCGAGAGUCCCAGGGUGCAGAGAUAUGAACUCUACCCUGAUGUCAAUGUCUGUUUAGGAGUGACUUCAGAACAUCCAUUGCAAAUAAAAGAGCUGAAGGAAGCAGGUGGUCAGCUUCAUUCACCAAGGGGUCACUCCAUUCCCACCAAGAAAGCAACACCAGAGCCUCUGGUCCCAGACCCAAGUCUGGAGGCCCAGGAGACACAGAACCAAGACACUGCUUCUCCUGCUUGCUCUGUGGGGGACGAGGCCAGGAGCCCCAGCCCAGGUCAGGCGAGCCUCUGCAGCUUCGAAAUCAAUGAAAUCUACUCAGGCUGCCUGGACAUGGGAGAGGACAAAGAGGAAGAGCCCCCAGGAACUGGUUCGUCUCUUGAGGGGGCCAGACAAAGCCGGGUAGACGAACUGAAGUCCACGGAAGAAGAGUUGGAAAGGAUGGAGAGAGGGGCGUGCUGUUUUCGCCAUGAGGACAGCAGCUCUUCAGAAGCUGACACGCAGCUCUCCUUUGAGGACUGGGGCUGGCAGAGUGGUUCACUGAGUUCACCCAGCCUGCCUGAGCCAGCCAGAGGAGCCAAGGGCAACGCGAGCAGCAGGUCCCUGACUGAGCAGUACAUCAGUAAGUGUGUGCUGAACCUAAAGAUUGCACAGACCUUAAUGCAUCAGAAUGCCAACUUGCUGAGGAGUACUCAACAGAAAAUAGAUAAGCUUGAGAUGAUACAGAAGGAGCAGGAGGGCAGGUCUCUGUGGGCUUCCUCAAGAGAGUUUGCAAAUGGCUAUGACUGGCCUUCAGCCCUGGGCCCCCCAGCUUCAAGCUAUAUUCCUCCUGCCAUGCAGCUGCCAGGGGACCUGCAGCCGGACACUGAGGGCAACUGCCCGACCCUAGCAAAGUCUCCAAGAACAAUGAGAGACUUUCAGGGAGGACAUUUUGGCAAAAGGUCCAAGAAAAGAAGCAGCUGUGGCUGGACACCUUUCACCCAUUUCCCCCAAGUCCCUGAAGAAAGCACUAGGGAUCAGUCGGAGAAGGGCCAACAGCUGCCAUCUCUUUGUGGUCCUGGAAAACAGAGCAGAGGUGAACAGUUUCAGCCCACUCACGGAGCCAAGGACACUUUGGAAAGAAACAGGAACCAAAAUACCAGCAGCCAGGGAAGGCCUAGAGAGUCCAGUGCCCGAACCAGAACGACACAGCUCAGUGGUGCACUCCUCACUGUGCCAGGCCACCCACAGGGACCAUUCACGUCAUCCACCCCUGGCCGAGGCUCUUCCAGGAUCAGUAUGGAAUCUGUGUCUUCUAAAAUCUAUAACACAAAGUCAAGAAAUAAUGAAGAUGCUGGAGAGAUACACUUAAAAUGGAAAACGGAGGUGAAAGAAAUGGCAGAGAAAGCAGCUACUGGGCAGCUGGCAGUACCUCCUUGGCAUCCUCAGAGUAGUGUGACUUUAGAAAAUGAGGCUGAAAACAGGCCUGAUCCCCUGCUGCAGCCCCCCAUUAGGGUCCCUGAGCACGUGGAUUGGCGGCAAGCUGUAGAGCAUCCCAAGAAAAAUGAUGAGCCAGGAGGAAAUGGCAAGUGUGACAAAACAGACAGCAGUGACCGCAACAGUGACCAGCAUGGCAGACAGCCAGUGCCUCAAAGUUUCACCGGUACCAGGCACCUGCCCCCCAGAAAAAAUGAGCAGCCAGAGCAUAGUGAAGUCUUUCAAGAAAAUUCUGAUGCACCUGUGGUUGUUGAGAAGUCUUACAGCACCUCAAGUCCCAUUGAAGACUUUGAAGGAAUACAACAUGCUUGUGCCCAACCUCAAGCCUCUGGUGAAGAAAAGUUCCAAAUGAGAAAAAACCUUGGAAAGAAUGCUGAAAUUUUGACCAGGUCUCAAUUCCAACCUAUACAAAGUAUUGAAGACGAACAAGAGGAGACAUUAAAGGAGUCACCGAAGGAAAUGAAAGAGAAAGACAUAUCAUUGACAGACAUUCAAGACCUGUCUAGUAUCUCCUAUGAACAAGACGGUUCUUUUAAGGAAGUCUCAUGCAAAACACCCAAAAUAAACCACGCACCUACUAGUGUCAGCACUCCGCUCAGCCCAGGGUCAAUUUCUUCAGCUGCUAGUCAGUAUAAGGACUGUCUUGAAAGUAUCACGUUUCAGGUUAAAACAGGGUCUACCUCAUUCUGGAACAGUCAAGAAUCUAUUCAAACUUUGUCUGAUAAAUUUACAACUGUCCGAGAGAAAGCAAAGAGCCUAGAUUCCCUUCUUACUUCCUCUGAAACUCUUCCUUCAAGACUGACUAAUCUCAAAAGAUCGCCUAUAUUUACUGGGACUGGUUCCUCCAUUAUUGCCAAGGCACCUGACACAUCAUCUCGUGCCACUCAGAGGAGGAGCCUGCCAAAAGUAGAAACCAUCUCGCAACAUCACAUUGAUGAGCUACCACCACCAUCUCAGGAGCUGCUUGACGAAAUUGAGCACCUGAAGCGGCAGCAGGCCUCAUGCACAGUGUUGGAUGAGAACACAGCAAGUCAUCUGGGCAUCGCUGCAAGUGAUCAAAGGCAUUUAGAAGAACAAGAAACUAACAGUAAUAAAGAAGACAGCAGUAUGCUUUGGACCAAAGAAACUCAGGAUCUAGAAGAGGAUACAGAGAGAGCUCACUCUACGCUUGAUGAGGACCUGGAAAGAUGGCUGCAGACACCUGAGGACAGCACGGAGCUACAGGGUCUCCCCAAGUGCUCGGCAAGGGAGACAAAUACCAAAGAUCAAGAAGUUGGUGAAAAGAAGAGAAAAGGGGAAGAAAACAUCACGCCAGAGAGAAGGAAAUCAGAGAGCUUUUUAGGGACUUCUGAAGAAGAGGAACUAAAACCCUGUUUUUGGAAGCGACUGGGUUGGUCCGAACCAUCCAGGAUAAUCGUGCUGGAUCAGAGUGACUUGUCAGACUGA